UCUGCUCAGGCAUCUUUACGGACAGCUCCUCGGAUGUAAACAAGGGUCCUUUGAAACGUGCCGCAUGUUUCGGACGUCCUUGCUUCUUCCUGGCCGGGAAAAGAAGUCCUCCUGGCGGCCUUCAAAACACUCCUGCCUCCCUUCAAGGUUUCACAUAUUCCUCAGUAAACUCACCAAGACGUCACCGUGGAGUUAUUGAGUCUGUUGGAGAGCGAGACUCCGCAGCUAGUGGGUCCAUGAGGAUGACGUCUGUUUUGUUUUACUGCCGUGUUACAGACACCGUUUGGAAUUAAGUGGUAAUUAAAUAAAGUGAUGUCCAGACCUGCUCCAUCCCCAAUCUACACCCUGAGGGGUGCAGGGGGACCCAUCAACACCCUUCACUUCAGUCGCCAUGGAGAGGACACUCCUCUCCUCUUCUCUGGAUCAGGGAAAGGUGCCAUCCAUAUGUGGAAUCUCAGCAACAGGAGGGCAGAGAAAAUUGUAGACGGUCAUUCUGGGAGUUCUGUCAUCUGGGUCAACACACUAUCCUCCACAGACACACUUAUUAGUCAGGGGAGAGACAUGAGGGUCUGUCUUUGGGACCUGGGCCGAGGUCGCGGUGAGAUUGUGGACUCUCUGAGUACAGGCAGCGUUGGAUUCUGUCAGUGCUCCUUGCUCGAGACAGGACCGAGGACUUGCCUGCUUGCCUUUCCAGGACAACAACCUGAGGAGAUCAAUAUUGUGGAGCUGCCCAGUAAGGCUCCAGUGUGCACCUUGGUACCCGAUGCCAAGUUGGGGAUGGUCAUGUGUGUCAAGAUGUGGCAGCCACACUCCGGUACCGGACCUGUCUUGCUGGCCGGGUACGAGGAUGGAUCUCUGCUGUUGUGGGACAUAACCCAGAAGUCCAAGUUGAGUCAAACCAAAGCUCACAGCGAGCCUCUCAUGUGCCUGACCUUCGACCCCGAAGUACUGAGAGGCAUAUCGGGAUCUUCGGAGAACCAGCUCUCCUCGUGGAUCCUGGACGGGCAGAACAGCUUGCAGAUCCAAGACCGUGUGACUCUUACCAACCCUGGCGUUUCCCAGCUGUGUGUCAGAGGAGACGGUAAACUGUUGGCGUCGGCGGGCUGGGACCAUCGAGUGCGGAUAUUUGGCUGGAAAAAGCUGCGACCUCUGGCAGUGCUGCAGUACCACAGCGACAUGGUGCUCAGUGUCGCCUUCUCUGACCACAAGGAUCCCAGGCAGAGGCUUCUUGCUGCCGGGUCUAAAGACCAAAGGAUCAGCCUGUGGUCAAUAUACAAUGAAGGAGCCAACACUUAGUGACCGUCUUUAUCCUGGAACACACGUUUUCUACUCUAACAAUCUCCUGGAAAAUGUGCUAUCUCAGGUGUGAUAAAGUUCCUUGAAUCCCUGAAGAUGAACUUUUAGAACACGGGUGUCAAACUCAAGGCCCGCGGGCUAAAUCUGGACCGCUACAUCAUUUUUUUGUGGCUCACGAAUGCUUGGAAAAAAGGUAUGUCAAUAAAAUACUUAAUUUUUUCUUUUUUUUUUCUUGGGGAGGCAUAGCUCGGUUGGUAGAGUGGCCAUGCCAGAAACGUGAGGGUUCCAGGUUCGAUUCCCUCUGUCUAGUCCAGGGGUCGGCAACCUUUACCACUCUCUUGAAUGUAUGCUGAUUUUCACCCAAACAACAAUAAUAAGGGCGUGCCGUGAUGUCACUCCCUUUAGCGCCCUCUACAGCUUGAACAAACAGCUUGCCAGCCCAGUUACAUGUUAUAUGAGGCUUCUGCAGACACACAUAAGUGAAUGCAAGGCAUACUUGGUUAACAUCCAUACAGAUCACACUGAGGGUGGCGAUAUAAACAACUUUAA